AUGGUCGGUGCUAGAAAACAGGAGAGAUUUGUGAGCACCCUGAUGGCCGAGUGCAAGAUCGGUCCAUAUCGCCGCGGCGGCGGUGGUGAUGAUUUCUUCGAAAGGGACUCGUCAGAAGACAGGAUGCAUGGCAUGUUGGAGGAUGUCCAGCAAACCGUACACAAACUUGUUACGCAAGUGAAUCAACAGAAUCAACUAAGCCUUGAGGACCAAAAGGCGGAAAUUUGUGACUCCCAGAAGAUAGAGGCGACGGCUUCACCGCUUUCGGCGCCAGUCCCAGAGCAAGUUGCCCGAAACUUCCUGAAGGCUUUGCAAGCACAGUAUGUGCAAGGAACACAAAAUGCGGUUGGAGACUUUUUCAGCUCAGAAGGUCACGAGGAAACCCUCACAAAGUUUGAAGAUGAGGUGCGCGGAGCAGUGGAGAAAACAUUGUUUGCAUUUUUGAAGCUGCUGGGCACUGGACCUUGCUUUGGGGACUUCAAGAAGGAGAAACUUUCACCUGGCGUCAAUUUGAUGGACUUUUCCACGAAAUCCGCACUCUCAAAGCUUUUGGAAUUGGACUUUCACCCACCACAGCCUGGAAAUGCCAUCCCACAGGUUGACUCCAGCACUUGCGGCACUUUGGCUCUUGUGCAUCUCUUUCACUUGCUGAACCCUGGACUUAUGGUUCAUCCUGAUGUGCACACCAUCCACAAGUGGAUCCUCAGCCAACCUGGACUUGUUGGCAGUACCUUCGCAAAUGCCCUUGCGACUCUCUCGACUGACCAGUUCAACAAGCUGGUGCAUGUGUUGACCGAACAUGGAGUUCCUGAGAACAAAGCCGUUGACCGGGCCAAUUUGACCAUCCAAAAGCUUGGAGCGCCAGCCAUCAGUGCUAACAAGCCGGGCAUCACCUUCAGACUUGUUCAACCUGAUGAAUUGGCUGGACACGCUGAGAAGUCUGCCACCAAGAAGUAUGGUGCUGGAAUCGUCAAUCACAAGAACAAGAAGAAGGUUGAGAAAGGACCACAUCCUGCUCCUCACUUUGACCCUGAUGCUCUGCAACUUCACCCUGAUCAUUUCAAAGAUCCGGACGGCGACAUUGUGCCACAGAUUGCACUGGCUGACAUUGAGGCUGAAGCCCAUGGAAUUGCGAUUGCCACUCGUGAACAAGGACAACAAUGGCUCCAACACCAAGGCUCAAUCAGCACCCGGCAGCCCUGGCAAUCUUGA